UUCCUCCAUGGACAGGCAACCAUGCCCAGAGGCAGCAGAUGUCCAACAGCAGCUUCCCCACUGAGUUCCUUCUCCUGCCAUUUGCAGACACGCGCGAGUUGCAGCUCCUGUACUUCGGGCUCUUCCUGGGCAUCUACCUGGUUGCCCUCCUGGGCAACGGCCUCAUCAUAACAGCCGUAGCCUGUGACCACCACCUCCACACCCCCAUGUACUUGUUCCUCUUCAACCUUGCCCUCCUUGACCUGGGCUCCAUCUCCACCACUGUUCCCAAAGCCAUAGACAAUUUCCUGUGGGACACCUGGGCCAUUUCCUACUCAGGUUGUGCUAUGCAGUUCUUUAUGUUUGUUGUCCUUGUCACGGCAGAGUUCUACCUCCUAAUCACCAUGGCCUAUGACCGCUACAAUGCCAUCUGCAAACCCCUGCACUACGGGACAAUAAUGGAGAGCAGAACUUGUGUCAACAUGGCAGCAGCUGCCUGGAGCAGUGGCUUUCUCAAUGCCCUUCUUCACACUGCCAAUACAUUUUCACUACCAUUCUGCAAGGGCAAUGAUCUGGACCAGUUCUUCUGUGAAAUUCCCCAGAUCCUCAAGCUCUCCUGCUCAGAUGCCUACCUCAGAGAGGCUAGACUUCUUGUGAUUAAUGCCUGUUUAGCAUUCGUGUGUUUUGUUUUCCUCGUGCUGUCCUAUGUGCAGAUUUUCAGGGCUGUGCUGAGGAUCCCCUCGCAGCAGGGCAGGCACAAAGCCUUUUCCACAUGCCUCCCUCACCUGGCUGUGGUCUCCCUGUUCAUUAGCACCGGCACAUUUGCCUAUUUAAAACCUCCAUCCAUGUCCUCCUCCUCACUGAAUCUUUUGCUGGCAGUUCUGUACUCGGUGGUGCCUCCAGCAGUGAACCCCCUCAUCUAUAGCAUGAGGAACCAGGAGCUCAAGGAUGCAGUGUGGAAAGUGAUGAUUGGAUGUUUUUCAGAAGCAAUAAACUGCCUGUCAUUUGCAUAA